UUUUUUUUAUUAUUUUAAAAAAAUCAAAGUGAUUUUUGUUUGUUUAUUUAAUUUUAAAUAUAAUUUAAAACUAAAUAAUAUUUAAUACUAUUAAGUUUUUUAUUUUUAUAAUAUUUUUAUUUAUAUUAAAUAAAAAAAUCAAUAUAUUAUUUUUUUAUUUAAAAAUUAAAACAUUUAAUUUUUUUUAUUUAAUAAAAUUUUUAUAAUAAAUACAUUCGAUAAAAGGUUAAAAAACAAACACAUAAAAAAAAAAUUAUAAUAAAUGAUAAAAAAAUGUAUUUAUAAUAAAUCAUAAAUAUUUAUACAAUGCUAAGUUUCAAUUCAAAUUAGGCGUUCUUAUUCAAAUUAAAUUAAUAUUUUUAUCCACAUCUAAUAAAAAUAUAUUUAACAAUACUUCCUUAAUAUAUCAUAUGAGAUUUGGAAUCAUAAUUUUUUAGAAGUUUAGUUUUUUAUUAUUAUUAUAAUUAGGUUUUCAUAAUUGUUCCUACAUAUAUUCCAAAACAAUGGAAAGUUAUAUAUGGUAAAUUUUACCUAAUUACUUUUUUAUUGGUGUGGAAAAUUUGUUUUUAUGUUGAAAAUAUUGUUUUUUGAUUGCUCACAAAAAUGAUGAAAUUUUUUUAAAACCUAUAAUAAAUUAGAGUGAAUUUUGAUUUUCUUGAAACCUAAUUGGGUAUUUUCACCUUAUUCCGAUUAUAUAUAUAAUUAAAUUAAAAAUAAUUUUUUAAAAUUAACAUAUAAAAUAAAAAAUCACUGUGCAAUAGAAUAAGUUAUAAAAAAUUAUAAUAUUUUAUUUAUAAAAUAAAUUUAUUUUUAAUAUGAUUACUUCUCAUAGACAUGAAUUAAAGUAGAAAAUUUUCAAACCUACCAAGUCUUAAAUUUGAAUGACACUACUUUUGGGUGUGAUAUUGAUUAGAAACUCUACAAACUUCAACCACCGUUAUAAAAACCUCAUUUUUGGGAAGUAAUCUGAAAAGAGAAAAGGAAGGAGAAAUAGAUGGGAAGGGAAGGACUUGACCUUUUAAAAUUGGCUUUAUCCUCUCACUAAAAAGAUAAGCAAUUGACAUCAUCAUCAUCACAAUAAACUAUACAAAGGAAUCCAAUUCUCUGCUACAACCUGACCAAACUCUAAUAAUUUGCUUUGGUUCUACUCUCCUUUUCUGGUGUGUUGAGAUCAUCCAUGGCUUCUGAGCGGAAACCAGAGAUCUUUGAACUCAACAAUGGGACCAUGCAGGUCAAGAUCACCAACUAUGGUGCCACCAUCACUUCCUUGUCUGUACCAGACAAAGAUGGAAACUUGGCUGAUGUUGUUCUUGGGUGCGAUUCUCUGGAACCAUAUCUGAAAGGUGAUGUGCCCUAUUUUGGGUGCAUUGUUGGUAGAGUUGCAAAUAGAAUCAAAGAUGGGAAGUUUACUCUCAAUGGGAUUGAAUACCAAUUGCCCAUCAACAAGCCCCCAAACAGUCUCCACGGUGGGCACAAGGGCUUUAGCAAGAAGGUCUGGGAGGUGGCUGAAAGGAAAGAAGGCAAAACCCCAUCCAUCACUUUCAAGUACCAUAGUCACGACGGGGAAGAAGGUUACCCAGGAGAUGUUUCCGUAACUGCAACUUACACUCUUACUUCGAGCACAACAAUGAGGCUUGACAUGGAAGCUGUGCCUGAGAACAAGCCCACUCCAAUCAACUUAGCUCAACACACAUACUGGAACUUAGCAGGCCACAGCUCCGGCAACAUACUUGACCACUCCAUUCAGAUAUGGGGAUCUCAUAUCACUCCUGUGGAUCAGAACACAGUCCCAACCGGUGAAAUCACGCCAGUGAAAGCCACCCCAUUUGAUUUCACGACUGAGAAGAAGAUUGGUACCUCAAUCCAUGAGGUUGGCCUAGGAUACGACCACAACUAUGCACUCGACUGCGGUGAGGAGAAAGAGGGCUUGAAACAUGCUGCAAAGGUGAAGGACCCAUCAAGCUCAAGGGUCCUGAACUUGUGGACAACUGCUCCAGGCAUGCAGUUCUACACUGCAAACUAUGUGAAUGGAGUUGCUGGAAAAGAUGGAGCUGUUUAUGGAAAGCAUUCAGGGCUCUGCUUGGAGACACAGGGAUACCCAAACGCCAUUAACCAGCCAAACUUCCCGUCCAUCGUCGUCCAGCCAGGGGAGAAGUAUCAACACACCAUGUUGUUUGAGUUCUCCGUUGAGUGAAGGAGCAGAUAUAUUUGAGAAAAGUCUGCUCUGUGUUUGGUUUUCAAUGGCUGUGAGACCAUGGAAUCUGAAUAACAAUAAGCUUAAAUAAUGAAAUGAUGAGAAAUGAGUUUGGUAACA